AAGAAGAAGAACCUAUUCAAUACGAAGAAUUAAUCCCACCUGAAAAUUUCAACAUGGUAUCAACAACUUUAAUUUUGGAAGAUUACCCUGAACAAAACAUGAAGUUCCUUGAAGCAAAUAACAUCAAAUUGUGUCAAUUUGGAAUUGCUGUUCCUGAAGACAAAAUAUGUGAUGCAUUAGCAGUUAUACUAGAUCGACGCAAUCAUCCAAUAUUGAUUCAUUGUAAUAAAGGAAAGCAUCGAACAGGCUGCCUUAUAGGAUGUCUUCGAAAAUUGCAAAGAUGGUCUCAUACAUCAAUCUUUGAUGAAUAUCGAAGAUUUUCACAUCCUAAAUCAAGGUCACUAGACCAACAGUUUAUUGAGUUAUUUGACACAUCUCAAGUUUGGAAAUUAGUGGAUAAAAGGUUUAUUCCAAAUUGGGAUGUUCUAGGUGAUCCAUUUUAA